AAUAAAUUCCAUUUAACAAUAUCUCUUGUUUUUUAAAUUGUUUUAUUUGGGCGAAAAUUAAGACCACCUGGAGCGGAGAUGACGACGAAGAUCGAUCGACGAAUGGGGUCGAAGCAAUGCGAGCUUUGCGAUCGGCCGGCGAUGAUGCGCUGCGAGUCCGACCAAGCGAGUUUGUGCUGGGAGUGCGACGCCAAGGUGCACGGAGCCAACUUCCUGGUGGCGCGCCACUCCCGGUGCCUCCUCUGCAGGAGUUGCCAGUCACCCACGCCGUGGUGGGCGGAAGGCGCCAGGCUGGGGCACACGGUCUCCGUAUGCGAACGAUGCGCCGCGGAGGAGGGCGCGGAGGACUGCGAUCGAGGAGGUGGAGGUGGCAGCGGCGCCGGGCGAGCUGGCGAGAAGGGAGAGGGGGAAGAGCUAGCAAGAGAUUUGGUAGAGGAUGAAGAGGUUGUUGACGAGCGAGAUGAGGGGGAAGAAGAACAAGAAGGAGACGACGACGACGACGGAGAGAACCAGGUGGUGCCGUGGUCGCUGACGCCCCCGCCGGCGGUGGCGAGCUCUUCGAGCGGCGGGGAGGAGGAGCAGCAGCAAAGCCCGGCGGCGAAUCGCGGUGGCUCCUUGAAGCGGAUGCGGGAGAAUGCUGAUCUCACCGUCGCACAGGAAGACCGCAUCGUCCGCUCCGCGUCCCAUCCGAGCUACCUCGCCUCCGGCUCAGCUCCGGCUUUCUCAGCCGUGGACGAGGUGGCUACCUCCUCCCCCUCUGCCCUCCGCCCUCCGCGCCUCUUAGGAUUGGAAGAGAUUCAACCUUCUCCGGCCAGCCGCCGUCUCCGCCGCGCUGGAAGCACGUCGCAAGACUCGCCUUCCUUCCGAUCUGAGUAAGCUACAAAAAUUCCAUCUAUGGAACAGCACAAGUAAAUGAUUGAAAUUCCAUGGAAAAGAAAACAAAGUCGACAGCAAUCAAAUUUUUCAAGCGUCAAAAUUAACAUCUGAAUGAUGCCACAAUGUUUUGGUUUUUUGAGGAAAUCUUUUUUUUUCUCAAAUUGAUUGAGCUAAGAUCAAUAUUAUGCUGCUGCUACUACUAAUAGUAAUAAAAUAAAGAGUUAAAAAAAAUGUAAAUUAGAGGCAAAAUGACCACGCCCUAAUUUGUAAAAUGGCUUAUGGUUAUUUAUUUUAUCAAAAUGAAUUGUUUCAGAUUCGAGGAAACAUUAA